CCAAGUAAAAAUCGAAUGAACUUAUCAUGGGAAAACAAACAUAUAAGUGUUUCACCUCUUAAAAAGUACAGACAGGCUGCAGUAUCAGCGAUGGGCCAAGAGUGUGCACAAAUCGGCGUAGACAUUUUAACAAAAAAUGGAUCAGUUAUUGAUUCUGCAAUUGCUACACUAUUAUGCGAAGGUGUUGCUUCUUUACACAGUAUGGGUCUAGGUGGAGGUUUUCUGAUGACAAUAUGGAAUGCUUCUACGAACACUGCAUAUUCAUUGGACGCAAGAGAAGUUGCAUCACGUCAUGCUGGUCUUAAUAUGUUUGGGGAAAACUCAAACUUAUCUAUUCAUGGUGGUUUGGCUGUAGGUGUACCAGGAGAACUCUUAGGAUACUGGGAAGCGCACAAAAGAUUCGGAAAAUUAGAUUGGAAGGAACUUUUUCAACCAGCAAUUGCAUUAAGCAAAAAAGGAUCCUAUAUUACCAACUACUUGGAAUCGUGCAUAAAGUCAAAAGAAUAUUACAUAAGAGAGGAACCUACCUUAGCAGAAAUACUCAUCAAUCCAGUCACUAAUGACAUAUNNNAGGCAGGAGAUAGACUAAAAAGACCACAGUUGGCUAAGACACUGGAAAAACUGUCCGCUUCAAAUGGCUCAGGCGUAAAAGAGUUUUAUAAUGGAUCCAUUGCCAGAAAUUUAGUCAGAGAAAUAAAAUCUUUUAAUGGUAUCAUUGAUGAGAAAGAUUUCACCAACUACAAAGCUCUUUGGAAGAAUCCAAUUAAUACGACGUUGGGGAAUAUGAGAAUGUACUCGUCACCUCUUCCUGGAUCUGGUGCUCUUUUAGCAUUUAUAAUGAAUGUAUUGGAAGGAGUUGAUUUUAACAAAGAGGAAAAAACUCUCUAUCAAUAUAUUGUGGAAACAUUCAAAUGGGCGUACGCGAGAAGAACUGAGUUGGGUGACCCUGACUUUGAAUCACAAGUCACAAACAUAGCUAAGAAAAUUAUUUCCAAAGAAUACGCAGAAACUAUCAGAAACACUAUUAAAGAAGAAUGGACAAGCAAUAAUCCAAAAUAUUAUGGAGCAGUAACGGUGAAUCCUGACGAUUCAGGCACGUGUCAUGUAUCUGUUUUAGGUCCUGAUGGUUCCGCAGUUUCUGCUACUUCCUCCAUUAAUCUGGAAUUCGGAGCUAAGUUUCGAUCAAAAUCAACGGGAAUAAUAUUUAAUGACAUAAUGGACGACUUUAGUUCUCCGAAAAUAACAAAUGCUUUUCAAGUUCCACCUUCACCUACUAAUUUUAUAAACCCGGGGAAAAGGCCUUUAAGUUCAAUGGCACCAACUAUUCUGGUAGAUAAAAAACAUCAAGUUCGUCUAGUGGUCGGAGCGAUGGGUGGUACAAAAAUAACUACGGCUGUGGCCCUCACAAUGAUAUUAAACCUUUGGGCAGAAUACGAUAUUAAAGAGGCUGUGGAUGCGUAUAGAAUCCACCAUCAGUUGUUCCCAAUGAAUAUUCAAAUCCAGAAAGACUUCCCUUCUUCAUUAUUGAAUUACUUGCAUUCAUUUGGUCAUAAUACGUCUAUUUAUGAAGGACAUGGUAGUGCAGUUACUGCAAUAGUAAGACAGAAUGGAGUUAUUACAGCCAAUUCCGAUUAUCGUGUUGAAGGUAAAACAGCUGGAUUUUAAAUCAUAGAGAAAGAACCAAUAACUGCACCGAAAAAAAAUGUCC